UGAUUACCAGAUGCUCGACUUAAAUUCGAGGCACAAAAUGAAAUGUCUGGCUGGCAUGAUCGGCAGCACGAAGUUCGAAUAACAACUAUAUACCUGUUGCUGCUCCUCUCGAUUCCAAACGCAACCGCCGAUAGCAAAUCAUUUUUAAGCCCCUCCAACGCUACGACCAAAUGGAAACGAAACAACAAAGUGGAUAUACCCCGCCUCUACACCGCAUACAGGGUGCUAUUGCAGGAUGGUGUUGGCGGCGGCGGCAAUGCCAAAAUAGAGGUGGGUCAGAUAGGCAAACGAAUAGCUGUAGCAGAGGAGGACGACGAGAGUUCUAUUAGUAAAACCACAGUACCUCUUAAAGGAAAUUCGGCAGUGAAUAAUACAGAGAAAGUAAUUAGUUUUAUUAAAGAUCUAAGGUCAAAGGAAAAGGGUUUGAGUUCCUUCGAUUACAACAACACAGAAAAGGCUAAAUGUGCGCGGGUCGAAAAAAUCAAGGAUGUUGAGGACGAAAAGAGUGGUAAGGAGAAGUCAAUAGAGGAUCUGCCAGCUGCUCACGGCAUGGUUAUACUUAAAAUGGAUGAGCCUUCGAAGACCAAAGGGGAAAAUGCUAAGAAGACUGAGGCAGCCAAAAUACAACAAGCUAAUAUUGAUGAAAUGGAGAAUCGGUUAGCCGAAUUAAAUAGAGUCUAUCAAAAAUAUGUGAAUGUGUGGAAAAGACCAACACCAGAGACAAAGGGGUAUACCUUACUUGGUAAUAAGAACGCACUUCCGGCUACUAAUGUUCGCUUAAGUGCAUUAGACGCACUUGUCGACGUUGUAGAGACUCUCAAACAAUCAAAUCCGGUUGAUGAAAUAGUUAAAGCCAUAAAUGACGAAAUGAACCCAGAAACGGAAAGUCUUGUAGGCUCGAUCAAAUUAAAUGUCAACGACUGUUUAGCACCAUCUAGCCAACAAGGGAAAAACAAAAUAAUUAGCGAUCAGUCCUCGAAUGUGGUCAAACGCCUAGUUCCAAAAGUGUCCCCUGAUGUGAAAACUGGCGGUCUCUAUGAAGAGUAUAAGAAAAAACUGAAUGAUAUAUUGCAGGCACACAAGAAUACCCACAAGGCCCUAAGCGAAGAACAAAGACUACGCGCUCAAAGUAGCGCAGCCGUAAACGCCAAUACGUUGACCCAAUGCCACUGCGAUGCCACAAAGUCCGUAAUAAUAGCCGUCGAUAGUGACGGACAGACAGUGACUAAAGAGCAAACGCCAUGUUUCUGUGAGGCCACCAGGCCAACCAACUUGGCCAUCGACGGUGAUACGGUCACAAUAUCCAAUGGGUUAAUACCCUGCUACUGUGAUGGCAUGAAGAGCGACAAUUUGGCUGAAGUGUUUUCAGAUGGCCAACCAGGUAAAUCCAUUGUAUAUAUGAAGGUGCCGGAGUCAGAGACACGUGGACAGCAGCCGAACAAGGAGAGCCAGAUGAACGGUGGCCUAAAGCCAUAUUAUUUAUCUAACUCCAAGCACAGACAGAUGGUCUGGAACGAUGUGCCUCUGAUGAGGCCCGGCAGUCGACGGAAGGGUGAUCCAGUUAUCCAGCAAAUAAUGACGGUACCGAAGCGUGGACCUAACCAGCCUGUAGUCUGCGUGAAAAAUAGCCAGGACUCGAUCCCAUUGAGAAACAAUUUGACACAUUUACCUUCAUUUACCAAGAACAAAAGCAAGCUUCACCAUAUAAUCAGAGUCUUGCAGACCAAGCAUCGUCCAGGAAUUAAGAGAAAAGCCCAGAAGCGUGGCUUAAAUAACCGCUACGAUGGCAUGUCUGCCAAUUUGGCAUUUCCGGAGGUGCUCGUUCAAAAAUUUGGGCAACCACAAGAGACUGGCGGAAAACUUAUUGAGAAUAUGGCAAAGCAGUUAAAUGUAUCGCCUGUGGAGAUGGCUCAGCGCAUUGCUUCAUCCAGUGGUAUGGGCAGUGGACAGCCAAUGGCCACUGGCAUGUAUCCAGGACAGUCGCCCUUAGCAAGCCAGACCAACCGGGUCCAAGUACCAAUGAUGGCCCCAAACCUUAAUAAUCAACAAGGACAGGCAGAUGGAAAUAUGGCAUUCGUGUUGGAAAAGAUUCUAAGUCGAUUACAGAGCAUGCAAGAUGCCAGCUCUAAUCAGGGAUCCACAGAGAAGCUACCUUGCUGCUUUGCAGAGCCAUCUGACGGUGCUCCCUGUGAAUUAACAGGGUCCUGGGAGUCAGCUUUGUUGGGCAUACGUAUCAACAUAAGAGACGAUAAUAAAAUCGUUGUGGCCGAAGUCAAGCCCACCUGUAUGCAGCCCAAAGUUCGACGUUCUGAAACCAAUCGACUUUGGCGGCAAUGCGUGAAAGUGACUCCGGCGGAGAUCAGGGAUCGCUUCAAGUCAUCGUCAACAGCUUUGAACAGACCACUUAAUAUUACCAUUCAGGACACGGUUCCACCACGCCAACACGAAAUGCUGGAAAAUCUUGCAGAGUGGAUAUUCACUGGUAGUUCGGUCAGCAUCUUAGGAGGGCCCAUGUUGGUCACCUGCCAGAAUGUGAACACCAAUUUGAUAGGUACCUUUGUGGGUUUUUGUCGGAGAUGUGGCUGCAUUGAUACCAUAUUCGGUAGUUGGACUUUCUGUCACCCAUCACGAGAUUGUCAGGAUAUAACGAUGUCGAUAUUUGAAAGACGAGAUAUCUUGCGUCGUUAUACAUUAGACGAUGCUCGAAAGGAACGAUUAAAAGAGCAUUUAUAUAGCAAAUCCAAAAAGCCAUAGAGA